CUCUCUUCCCUUUUGCAGAAGGGAUGGAGGAAGAGAAUUGGCCAUGUGCCUCUACCUCCCUCCCAGGCCCUUCCAAACAAAGUUUCAGAUGGACACUGUCCUUUUAAAUUAUGAUUUUAUUUUGGUAGGCACUCCCCCACUUCCCUUCCAGAUGUUUGGUUACAUCUCCAUCCCCUCCUGCCCCACCCCUCUGCUGGGACCAGCCCUUCUCUGCCUCUUCUUUUUUUUUUCCACUAAGGGGGUGACGUCAGUGAAUCCCCUUCACUACACCUGGGAACGGUUGAGACCCUGGGAAUACUUGUCUCUUCCGUCUCCGGGGCCAGGCGGGAUACCACUAAUCUGCGGUCAGAGACCAAAAGAUGGAUCUGGAAAGGGGGGCUGGACCAUCAUUCCUCACAGGGCGACGAGGCCACCGCUACACUUUGCCGCCUGCCCUCUGCAGACUCCCGGGCCGAAGGGAGCCACCAUUUUUGUUUCGUUUUGCAAGGAUCGUGGAGCCCUAUUGGCGCAUCACACCUCGGGGGGCGGGGACUUGAAGCAGCCAACACAGCCUGCUGUGAAGAAGGAACCUGGAAGCCAUCGGAGGAUCGAUACUCUUGAGAAUCUUAAAAAAAGAAAAAGUUUUCCAACAGCAACGUGUCCGGGGAGGGAGGGGGGGACUAUUGCAGAAGUUGAGUCUCUCUCUCUCUCUCUUGGCCUGCUUUGUGGAAGCCCAGAAACAGCCAAAGGCCCCCUGCCAGAUGUGGAACGGCAGGGGAUCUGUAAAGCCCAGCCGCCCUUCUCCGUUUCUGGACUGCAGCAGGCCAGGGUGAGGACUCGGAUGAUGAGUGUGGACAAAGCAACAACGUCCCUGCGGAGGAGGAAAUUCUCCCUCUCCCUCUCUUUCUCUUAUGCCAAAAGUGCGCAUUGCUUGAAAAGGGAGCCGGGGGGGGGGGAGAGGAGAGGAGAGGACACGCAGCCACACCCACAACCCAGGGACCCCACUUUGCAGCACUCUUCGCACAGGGGGUGAUCAAAUGCAGUCUGAGCCGUCCACUCUCCACACGUGACCUACUUUUCUCCCUCUCCUGCUGCAACCUCCUCCUUUGUGUGCAUGUGGGGGGUUUUUGGGGGUGGGGGUGUUGCUCCCACUGCUGACCCACUCAAGACCCCAGAGAGGACGUGCCAUCUUUGACUUGUAAAACAGCGGAGUCCUCCGUCCGUUCCGACAGCAUAGCAAAGAAGCCCCCACCGUUCUUCAAGACUCGUUGAGGGAGGGAGGGAGGGAGGGAGGGGGGAGAUGGGUAGGUGGCCUGAUUCUGGCCCUUUGGGAGCCAACAGCUUGUGGGGAAAGGGAGGGUCCGAGGCUGCGUGUGCGUGUUUGUGUGCGUGCGUGCGUGUAUGUGUAUAUGUGUUGCUGCUGUAAGUGAUUGUCGAUUCUUAUUUUAUGCUACGGGGGGUGGGGCGCUUACUCAUUAGCACCCAGGACAAUCUGCUAAAUCCCUCAUUCUUCCCCCACCCUCUGCCACCCCAAAUCUCUUGCAAUUGUGUUUCUAAAGUGGGUGGGACAUCCUACAUCUCCCUGCUGCUGCUGCCGCCACCCCCCCAACCCCCCCC